UAUUUGGCCAUAUUUGUACACACUGGCCGGUGGGCAAGGAUUUUUCAUAAAAAUAAACAAAUUCGGGUUUAACCGACUUUCAACACGAAUUAACUAAAUAUUAUCGCAUGGCCAGCAGCUACGACAUCCCCAGUUGGGCCGGCAAACCGCCCACUGGGUUGCAUCUGGAUGUGCUGAAGGACGAGAAACUAGUCCAGAAACUGAUGGUCGAUGAGAAAAGAUGCUACUUAUUCGGUCGCAACAGCCAGAUGAACGACUUCUGCAUUGACCACGCCUCCUGUUCGCGGGUCCACUCGGCAUUUGUGUACCACAAGCACCUCAACAUAGCCUACCUCGUGGAUCUGGGGUCCACCCAUGGCACCUUUAUUGGAACCCUCAGACUGGAGGCGCACAAGCCCACACAACUGCAGAUCAACAGCACCUUUCACUUUGGGGCUUCCACCCGGAACUACAUACUCAGGGAACGACCCUCUGGCCACCACAGCAACAUCAUGGAGGACCUGCCGCUCAGUGAAACCAGCGAUGGAGCUCUGCUGGGUCUUCCCGAAAGCCAAACCGAACUUGAUAAUCUCACGGAGUACAACACGGCCCACAACCGACGCAUCUCUAUGUUGGGCAUCGAUGAUGACACCAACAUGCGAAAGCAGAACGCCCUGAAGCAGGGUCGGCGCAUCCGGAAUGUCACAUUUAACGACGAGGAGAUUGUCAUCAACCCCGAGGAUGUGGACCCCAAUGUGGGGCGCUUCAGGAACCUGGUGCAAACCACUGUAGUGCCCGCCAAGAGAGCCCGCUACGAUGUCAACCACAUGGGCAUCCAUUCGGGCAGCAGCCUGGCGAGUGCCAAUGCCGCCCAUGUGCACCAAUUGUUCCAGCAGAGCCUGGCGGACAUGAAGCACCAGCAGCAGCAGCACAGGGAAAUGCCUCCACCCAAUGCAGUGCCCCACUCGCCCACUAAUUCACUAUAUCAAGGCCUCCCGGCCGAAACCCAUGGCAAGGGUGACCUGGAGCCCAUCUCUCCCCUGAGCAUCGGUUCCAAGUUGGGCCUGCUCCUGCCAAAUCCCGCGCCCGAGGUGAUGCCCGUCUUCGAUGAGGCCGUGGAGCCCACCUCGACAUUGGCCCAAAAGUUGGCUGUGGCUAAUGCAAAUGUGCGUCGCUAUGGCGAGGAUCCGCAUGACUCUAGUGGAGAGGGCGACGCCCUGUGUCCGCAGAAAAAGAAAUACGCCAAGGAGGCCUGGCCAGGUCGCAAGCCCAUGUUGGGGCAGCUAUAGAGGCUUAUUAGCUGGCCUGAGAGAUUACAGAGCACCGAAAAUUAUGUUCGUAGUAAAGAAACCAAUUUUAUGUAGACCCCACUUACAAUUUCCUAAUGUUUAUGAUUGAAAAUAUUGUCUUGAGUAAUAUACAUUUAUUACACUUUCAAACAUAAUAAACCGACAUAUUUUACACCUUUAA